CACAGGCCAGCAGGAGGCCACCCCUGACCUGGCCCUCCUACCCAGCCCGCCAGCCAAUGGCCAGCCCCCGCUGGGCAGCCUCCAGGCACUGGUUCAGGAAGUAUGGCUGGAGAAGCCCCGGUAUGAUGCAGCUGAGAGGGGCUUCUACGAGGCCCUGUUUGAUGGCCAUCCCCCUGGAAAGGUGCGCCUACAGGAGCGAGCUGGCCAAGCUGAGGGUGCCCGGCGGGGCCGCAGAGACCGGCGGGGCCGCAACGCCUUGGGGAGCAAGCGGGCCGGGUCACGGCGGGUCGACGGGGAGGCCCCCUCUGCUUUGCCCUGCUGGUACUUUCUGCACAAGGAUGCGGAGGCCCCCUGGCUCAGCAAACCCACCUACGACAGCGCCGAGUGCCGCCACCACGCUGCGGAGGCCCUUCACAUGGCCUGGCGCCUUGAAGCUGCCUCCCUGGCUCACCGGCCCAGUCCCCGCUCUGGCCCAUCCAUGUCCAGCCUAAGACCCAAGUAGGAGAAAUGUGCUGGGCAGGUGCUCGGCCCAGCCUGGGCUAUGGGCCCAGGGACAGCUGUCCCAAGCUGGGGCUUCUCAUGUUCCCCCACCCUGCCCUGGUUGGCUGUCCCCAAGACCUCUGGAUGCAGGCACAGUUUGAAAGAGAGUGAUGCUGUGUCUUUGGGGCAGUGUAGCUUCCAAACUUACUAACCUUGAGGGUUACAAACUUCUAGGCUGUCGGUGUGGAGGUAGGGAAGGACCAGCACAGGGGAGAAUCAGUCCCACACGGCAUUUCCCGCUUUGGCUAGGCAAUUCCUUAUUGUCCCCUCAGCCCUCACACCCUGGGACGUCACACGCUGAGAUGAUGAGGUUGCUCACAGGGCAGAUAGGGAGUGUUGAAGUUGAUGUUUGGCCUCUUUGCUCCCCUAGGGGGGUAGGAUGGGGAACCUGUGCCUACUGUCCUUCCCCAGCUUCCCUUGUUUGUGAUCACUUCUGAGGGGCAAUAGGCACCUCAAACACAAGCAUGCACUACUCAGGUGGCCUCAGGGUGAGGGGAGCCCAGUUUGAUCACCUACUGCAGCCCCUGUGGUUGUCUGGAGGCCCAGGGCUGGGGGACUAGGGCCUGACCAAUGGAGUAGUCCCCACCCCCACCAGCUGUAGGCAGGUGGCUGGAGACAGAAGGGAAAAUAGAGGGCAGGCCACAGUUCCCUGCUGGGGAGGGGAGAUGUGUGGUGAGAGGGUCAGGGAAGGGCUUGGAAGAUCCCAGCUAGGGUCCCAACCUUGGUCCCCAGACUCCCAGAGACGGGUGAGGCUAAAUUUGCUGGUUUGACAAGAUGGGGCAUUGGUGUGGCAGUGGGGUGAGACCCCAUGGUGGGAUUUCCUACCCUGACCUGUCUUGUUUGUGGUGCCCUAGAGACCAAGAGCCUCCUGGGGGAGUGGAGACAGUCACUGUGCCAAGGUGAUGCUUGGUAAAACCCAGAGAUGGCUGGGGACUUGACACAGAGAUUGGUGACAGAGUGGGGUUAGGAUCAGGUUGCUGUUACACUUGAUGGGUAGUAGGAGAGACUUGGCUGUUCAGGGAGGAGGUGGUUUGGACUGCGUGAGUGUGGCACAGCUGCGGGUGACUGGUGGUACCAAUGAAAUGUGAUUUGCAAAAACAGGUGGAGGCUGGCUGUGACCCACAGGCCAGGGUCCCUGGUCCAGAGCAGCACCUCUUGAGCUUUCUGGUCUUGCGGUCCCCAGAGCAGUUGUUGUGUCUGUUGAGUUUUACCAUGUUAGCAAGCUGAGGAAUGUGAAACGUACUUAUUUGUUGAAGAAGAAGCUUGUUAUGUGCUAAUUACACGUUUUUAUGAGAAACACUUUUCCCAUUAACAAAAAUUUCAUCUGGGCCUGGUGGCUAACGCCUAUACUCCCAGCACUGUUGGAGGCCAGAAGUUGGAGCAGCCUGACUUUACUUUUCUGCAUGUCCGUAGUCUGGCCUAGUCGGGUCAGCUGGGUUCUCUCACUUGUUCCUGCACUCAGAGUGUUGGUGUUUGUAGUUUCACUGAUGUAAAUCCAGCCUCCUAUAGUUGAAAACAGGACCUCAGGGACCCCCAGAGGUUCUUGAAGAGUCUUUGAUCUGGAGGAAGGCCUGGGGACCCUGCCCCAGCACCAGUGGCAACUGUACUAGGGGCUCAGGGUGCUUUGUGUAUGGGGGGCCUUCAUACGGAGGCCACUCGUGUUUCCCCUAGGGUCCACCGCCUUUGUCACCAAGGACUGAGAUGGCCCAGAACCCCAGAACUGGUGUCGGACAGAUUGGGCAGAAAAAUGGCUACAAACUUCCUAGUCCAUGAGAAGAUCUGGUUUGACAAGUUCAAGUAUGAUGAUGCAGAAAGGAAAUUCUAUGAGCAGAUGAACGGGCCUAUGGCAGGCUCCUCACAGGAGAAUGGCGCCAGUGUGAUUCUACGAGACAUUGCGAGAGCCAGAGAGAACAUCCAGAAAUCCCUGGCUGGAAGCUCAGGCCCUGGGGCUUCCAGUGGCCCUGGUGGAGACCACAGUGAGCUGAUCACCCGGAUCGCCAGUCUGGAAGUGGAGAACCAGAGCCUGCGAGGCGUGGUACAGGACCUGCAGCAGGCUUUCUCCAAGCUGGAGGCCCGGCUGAGUGUGCUGGAGAAGAGCUCACCCAGCCAUCGGGCCACAGCCCCACAAACCCAGCAUGUGUCUCCCAUGCGCCAAGUGGAGCCUCCAGCCAAAAAGGUGGCCACACCAGCCGAGGAUGAUGAGGACGACGACAUUGACCUGUUUGGCAGUGACAAUGAGGAAGAAGACAAAGAGGCAGCCCGACUGCGGGAGGAGCGGCUGCGGCAGUAUGCAGAAAAGAAGGCCAAGAAGCCAGCGCUGGUAGCCAAGUCUUCCAUCCUGCUGGAUGUCAAGCCUUGGGAUGAUGAGACAGAUAUGGCCCAGCUAGAGGCCUGUGUGCGCUCCAUCCAGCUGGACGGACUGGUCUGGGGGGCAUCCAAGCUGGUGCCUGUGGGCUAUGGCAUCCAGAAGCUGCAGAUCCAGUGUGUGGUGGAGGACGACAAGGUUGGGACCGACCUGCUAGAAGAAGAGAUCACCAAGUUUGAGGAGCAUGUGCAGAGUGUGGACAUCGCAGCUUUCAACAAAAUCUGAAGCCUAAAGAGCAUGUGCGUGCGUGUGGCCCUGCCAUGAAUAAAGACUGUGCCUCCUGC